AUGGAGGUUAGAAAAGCACUGAUCCCUGCCCACUCAGAGAGGACAUCCUUCAACUAUGCCAUGAAGGAGGCCGCCGUAGAGGCUUUGAGGAGGAAAGGAUGGGCGGUCACUGUGUCGGACCUAUAUGCCAUGAACUUCAAUCCCGUCAUCUCCAGAAACAAUAUCACAGGUAAACCGGAGGACCCCGGGAACUCUCAGUAUCCUGCCGAGUCUGUUCUACCUUAUAAAGAAGGCCGUCUGAGCCCAGAUAUUGUGGCCGAACAAAAGAAGCUGCAAGCCACAGACCUUGUGAUUUUUCAGAGUGGCACUCUGCAUUUCUGUGGCUUCCAAGUCUUGGAAACUCAACUGACAUAUAGCAUUGGGCACACUCCCGAGGAUGUCCGAAUUCAGAUCCUGGAAGGAUGGAAGAAACGCCCGGAGAAUAUCUGGGAUGAGAUGCCACUGUAUUUUGCUCCAAGUAGCCUCUUUGACCUAAACUUCCAGGCAGGAUUCUAUAAAAAGGAGGUACAGGAUGAACAGAAAAAUAAGAAAUUUGGCCUUUCAGUGGGCCAUCACUUGGGCAAGUCCAUCCCGACAGACAACCAGAUCAAAGCCAGAAAAUAAGAUUCACAAGACUUGAUUUCCUUUCUAAAAUAUAGCCAAAUCUAGAUUUCUUUCUUGGGGUUCCUUGACUUGCUUUAUUUAAGAUUUGUGUUUUUCUUUUUCCACAAGGAAUGGAUAGAACAGACUAUAUUCAUACAAUUUUGUAUAGUUUGGUUAAACAUAACCGAUUGUUU